AUGUUUACGCGUGAAUUUGCGAUCCUUUUAGUGGUUAUUGUUUACAGGAGCUUUGCAAACCCAGUGGCUGUUCAUGUAAGACCAGAAAGAAUGUUUCAAGCCGAGGAGCUGAUGGGUAAGAAUUUACUGUGAUAAAACAGGGUGUAACAGAAAAACUGUGGAAAGCAAAAAAAAAUUGAUAAAAUAAAUAUAAUAACAGCGAUGAGAUCAUGCAAUGCAGGAACUUAAAUUUAAUGAACUUUAGUUACUGAUGUAGUUGCGACAGACUCGUUUUCAAAAUAACUUCGAAUUAAAUCUUUAUUCCCUCAAAAAUUUAAUGAAGAACCGCAGUAGUGGAAAUAAAUUUGCUUUCACCGGGAUUCGAAGUUGUCUGAAUAUAGGGUUUCUAUAGGGUUUGUUUGGAAGUAUACCUUCUGUUAUGGCCAUGGACGUUACUAUAGCAUAUUGGAAGAAACCUUGAGAAGUUUUGGCAAGAGGAUUUUUAUGCCACAACUGUGUGAGUUCUUUUGCACGAAAUCGAUAAAAGUUGCUUACUGUUAGAAAAUCUGGAUAAGGAGAGCACUAUCUGUUUUAUCACCAACUGCACAGUUUCUUCCGAGAAUGCGAGUCUUAUGGUAUCGUGCAUUUUGGUUUGCAUUUUUUUUGCAUGUGUAAUUGACAUGCACUUCCCCAAGCUAAAAUAAAAUAAGGUAUGUGAGGAAAAAUGAUAAUAUAAUGAAAUUAUUUCGGCUUGAGAGAGAGAGAGUUAGAUAGCGCCUUAACUUAGCAAUGAUUCCGUUAUUGCGAGAGCUUUGAGUACAGAGGCGGGAAAACACGGUUUUAUCGAGUAGUACACCAAGGUAAUAGAUGCGAUCUUUUCUUUCCACUCGACACUUCCUGAUCCUUUUUCUUAGAUGGCUUUGCGAUAAUAAAAUUUCUUCAUUCAAAAUAUUUACCCGAUUCUGAUUGGCUAAAAGCACACGCAUAAUUCCCCAUGACCAGUCACUGAUGAUAAAAAUUUGGACGAACUUUGUGUUUGACGAGGAAAUGACGUCAAAAAUGCAGCGUUCUUGGAGGUUAAUGCAUCGUUAACCGAGAAGCCCUGGGGACGAGGUUGAGUUGUUUUCGUUGUAAAAACAAGAAAUGGCGGACAUUUCACUCGUUUCAAGAGUAAGAAGUAGGCGAAAUUAUAGCUAAAAACAUGGCCAGAACAGAAAGAACACAACUCGAAGGGCGUCAUCUGCUAUUUGGAGAAUAUUUGCGGAGCUGAACAACCCUAAACGUGCACUGGCGAAGGUGAACUUAACAUCGAUGGAGGUAAGCAUGUUUUAGCUUUGUUUUUAAACUAGGGAUUAUUUUGAAUGAAUAAUAAAACAACUAUUGAAUUCGGCUUUCGCAUCAAAUGAAGAAUUAUGGAGAUCUGGGAGGGUGUUACCCGCCUCGGCCUACGGCCUCGACGGGUAACACCCUCCUUGAUCUCCAUAAUUCUUCAUAUGAUACUCAGCCUCAUUCAUUAAUUUUUAAUUAUUUAAAUACGAUAUGGUUUAAAGCUCAAAGCUUGUGGGGUCGUGUAAAAAUGAUUACAAAUGGAUAAAACUGUAUAAAAAAAAUAAGAAUAACAUCACUUACAAAAUACAACUACAAUUAAAACUCUAAAAAUAUACAGUAAGAUUCUAACCAAAAAAAUAAAGAAAGAAAUUAAUUUAAAUAAAUGAAAAAAAAAAUACAAGGUUAAAAUGAAUUUACAUUAGUUGCCUCUAAUUAAGUAAAUUGACUACAGCAUUUAAAACAUAAAAAUAGUUAAAAGCAUUUAAAAUCUUGGAGUGCCUGGGCAGCGACUGGACCGACUGUGCGCUAAAAUCAAGUUCCUUAAAAUAAGAGUCCUUCUUCACUUUGCGAUAAAAAACAGUAAAAUGGUCUGUAAAAUGACUCGAGACAGCGUUCCAAAGAGUAGCGCCUCUAUAGCCCAUAGAGUUUUUAAGAAAGUGCGAGUUAAAACGCGGGAUGAUUAUGUUAUUACUCCUUCUGAAGUUGUAUGCAGUGCAGGGUUUAUUUGUCAAGUAUGAAAGAGCCGUAGGUGCUUCACCUAUAAACACGUUAUGGAGUAGUUUAAUUAAUCGAAGUUUAUAAUAGAGGGUUAAAGUAUUCCAGUUCGAAUGUCGGUAAACUUCCUCAGUAGGCAUAUCUUGGGGCAAGUUGUAUAUAAUUCUGGCUGCCCUACGGUGAAGUACUUCCAGAGAAUGUAGAAGUUCUGCAUUAGGGCAGCAGCCCCAAACGACUAGUCCAUAUAGAACUGAUGGUAAUAUUAUCUUGAAGUACAAGUCCAAUAGGGCGUUUCUGCUCAAGAACGAACUCCUUUUCAGGAGGUUCAGUUUGUUUACGAAAUUCUUUUUUACAUCUGUAAGGUGACGUGACCAGGAAAGCCUCUCAUCGAUAUAAACAGUAUGUAGCUCAACAAAGAGUAUAGGUGACUACGGAAAGAAGAGAUUUUUCACUUGCCAAAUACUUUCACUGUUUUGAAUCAAUUUAAGUUUCUUCUGUAGUGGUUCUAUUUGUUAGCAAUCAUAGUUUCUUUUCAAACACAAACUUUGCUGUCGAACCAGCGAUAUCUUUUUUGGACACCCAUUCGCCUGAAAUUGUCGCCUGAUUACCAUGGAUUCGUUUAGGCUCACUGCUGAUAAUUGUUUCACUGUUACUCUCUUAGCAGCCGAAAUGGCAGGAGAUACGAGCACUCAACGACGUGCAGUAUGUGGCAAAAUCACUUACGAUCCAUCAGAUACAUUGUGCUGUGGCGGUACUGUACAAUCCAUGUGGCCGUCAGCUGACAUGAUGUGGCCAAAAUGUUGUGGUACCAAAGUUUAUGACGCGGGCUACAACCUAUGUUGCCGCGGUGUUGUUCAUCGGAAGAAGGAAGGAAAGUGUUGUGGGACCCAAGUUUAUGAUGAACAGUAUUAUAGCUGUUGUCAUGGUAGCUUUGAGGAAAAGUCGUGGAUAUGCUGA